UGUUGCUGAAAACCUCUGGACAGCAAACUACCGGUUUCGACCUGUCUGGGGCUGGUUUGAAGGCGGUGUCUUCGGGUUUCAGUCAACACAAUGCUUUACUUGAAUCCAAAUGGGACGCAGUUCGUGAAGUACACUCAUUUGCAGAUCAAUUUGGUUGUACCGUGGGACUCAGUAUUGCUGAAAACACUCCAACAGCCCACAAUCGGUUUCGCCCUUCCACUUCAGGUUCAUCAGCCAGGUACAGUCCCAUAGUUUCCGUAAACCCAAGGUGGACAGAUCCCAACAAAUAUCCUCGUUUGUGUACGGACCUGGCUUUGACAGAAGAUUCAGCUGAAU